UGUCGUUGUCUCUGGUCCAAAAUUCUUAGGCUCUUCGACAAUAAAUUCUUUAAUUGCAAUAUUGCUGUUCAGUAUGUGCUCAUCAACCAGCGAGUCGUUUGCUACAAAUCCGGUGCAACUGAACCAGCAAAUAGCAAAAUGGAGGAGGAUGAGCCUCAGGAUUCUGGCGAUCCAGAGUUCAUCAAGCGACAGGAACAGAAAAGAUCCGAAUUGGAUGAACAGCUUCGCGAAUAUAUCGCCGAAUGGAGAUUGAUAAGGGUUCAGGAGGCCCAAGAGCUAAAAAAAUUGAAAGAGAAACAAGCGAAAAGAAAAGUGGCACGCGCAAAUGAAGAGAAAGCAACGGCUGAAAAGAAGAAACAAGAGGAGGAGAAAAGGAUAAAAGAGAUAGAGGAGAUGAAGAUCAAAGAGGCGGAAGCGAAGAAGCAAAGAUUAAUCGACGCGGAGAAAAAGCGACAGGCUAUGAUGCAGGCUCUCAAAGAACAGCACAAGAGUAAAGCUCCGAACUUUAUCAUCAAAAGAAAAGCUUUGGCGGCGGCCUUAUCCGAUGCGGAAUUGGAACGUACCAAAACCAAGGAGCAGCUGGAAGAGGAGAAAAAAAUCGCGCUCACCGUCAGAAUGAAGCCUCUUAAGCUCGACGGCUUGUCGGUCGAUAAGCUGAAGGAAAAAGCUAAUGAACUGUGGGAGUGGAUUGUAAGAUUGGAGACCGAGAAAUACGAUUUGGAAGAGCGAGAAAAGAGGCAAGAGUACGACUUGAAGGAGCUGAAGGAACGACAGAGGCAACAGCUUCGACACCGCGCUUUGAAGAAAGGUCUGGAUCCCGAGGCUUUAACAGGACCUCACCCGCCUAAAAUUCAGCUGGCAUCGAAAUAUGAGCGGCGCGUAGAUACAAGGUCGUUCGACGAGAAGCAGCAACUCUUCCAGGGUGGCCUCGAUAUGGUGGAAAUGGAAACGACGGAGAAGGUGUGGCGUGAAAGAAUGAAAGAAUUCAUGGGGCGACCUAGAAGGAAAUUGCCUAGAUGGUGCGGAGAGCGUCCUGGUAAGAAAGCGGGAGAUCCGGAUACACCGGAAGGGGAAGAGGAGGGAAUCAGACUUGGCGAUGACGACGUUGAUGAGAUAGUGAAAGAACCGGCCCCGCUGGCCGAGCCCGAGGAUGAAGACUUGGAGGAGGAGGAAGUGGAGGUGGACGAGGAGGAAGAGGAUGAUGACGACGAUGAUGAUUGAAUAUAUUUAUACUCAUGUGUUAUUUACUACCGGCUCCGAACUUAAUAAAGGAACUUUACUUG